GCUAAUCACACUGACUGCAGAGCCUUCAAGAUUGAUUGCUAAAGGUUGGGUACUUUUGGCACACUAGAAUUUGAGCCUCUGUGCUUGCCAUACACGAGAAAUACUUUCCUUCUUUCUCUAAAUGUACUUUUGUACUCACUGAAGACUGGGCAGUCCAACUUUCGGAUUACUGACAAGUAAAGCUUGAAGGGACAGGACCCUCCUCCCUGAGACAUUAUGGCCCUGACCCCAGAACUGAGCAGACAAACAAAACUGGAAGAGGUAGGAGGGAUCCUACUGCAAGCUCCAACUGUGGACAACUGGAGGCAGAUUCAGACCUUUAAGGCCAAGCCAGAUGACCUCCUCAUUUGUACUUACCCUAAAUCAGGGACAACAUGGAUUCAAGAAAUUGUGGACAUGAUUGAGCAGAAUGGAGAUAUAGAGAAGUGCCAGAGAACCAUCAUUCAACACCGACACCCUUUUAUUGAGUGGGCACGGCCACCCCAGCCAUCAGGUGUGGACAAAGCUAACGAGAUGCCAGCUCCAAGGAUAUUAAGGACCCAUCUUCCCACUCAGCUACUGCCACCAUCUUUCUGGACAAACAACUGUAAGUUCCUCUAUGUGGCUCGAAAUGCUAAAGACUGCAUGGUUUCCUACUACCACUUCUACAGGAUGAGCCAGGUGCUCCCAGAUCCAGGCACCUGGAAUGAAUAUUUUGAAACCUUCAUCAAUGGAAAAGUAAGUUGGGGAUCCUGGUUUGACCAUGUGAAAGGAUGGUGGGACAUUCGAGGCAAAUACCAGAUUCUCUUCCUCUUCUAUGAAGAUAUAAAGAGGGACCCAAAGCAUGAAAUCCAGAAGGUAAUGCAGUUUAUGGGAAAGAAUUUAGAUGAAGAUGUUUUGGAUAAAAUUGUCCUGGAGACAUCAUUUGAGAAAAUGAAAGAGAAUCCUAUGACCAAUCGUUCUACCGUCCCCAAAUCUAUCCUGGACCAGUCCAUUUCCCCUUUCAUGAGAAAAGGAACCGUGGGUGAUUGGAAAAACCACUUUACUGUGGCCCAGAAUGAGAGGUUUGACGAAAUCUAUAAGCAAAGGAUGGGCGGAACCUCUCUGAACUUCUGCAUGGAACUCUGAUCAAGGUGUGAAGAUAUCAAGGACUAGAGUCUAUCUGCAAGCCUCAACCUAGCCAAAGGAAGCUCUGGAAGCAUACUGUAAAUUCCAAGGCUGUGGCUCUGACUCUGUGUUGACCAACAUCACAUUUCAAUUCAUGAAAGCAGAUCAUGUCCAAUGUAUUCUUUCUCCACUAUUCAGUAUAAAUCAGUAAGACAGCUUUAAUGAUCUAAUAAAUAAAUAAUAAAUAAUGAAACUGGAGUAGUAUAAAUUUUAUGUUGGCAUUCUUCUGGAAGGUAUAGCUCGGAUUCUAACUCUGAAAUAGCUACCUGAAGGGAAAACACACAAAAAAUAGAGAUCAUCUAAAUGAAGUACAUGAAA